AAUAUUCAAAUAAGUUUUUUUUAUUGCAUGUUUAAAGGCCUAAAAAAUACAUAUCCGUAGAGCAGAAGAAGUAUUUAGUAGACUUCAUGGUCGACAAUUUGGACUUCGCCAACAACAGAUUUCAGUCGCUACGAGGGAAGGAGCUGCAAAAACAGAAAUGGGAGAGCUUAGGCAACGCGCUGAAUGCUCUUGGAGGUGCUAGAAAGACUGCCGAUCAAUGGGAGCUUUCGUGGCGAGACCUGAAACAAAAAACAAAAACCAAGUGGCUGCUAAUCCAAAAUCGUCAAAGCGGCGAAAACGGAAUGGUUAAAAAGAAGCGCGAUGUUUUAACGGAGCUUGAAAAACCAUCCUUGCCAUAAUGCAGAAGGAUACACUUGACGGAGAUGGAAGGACACAAGAAGGUGGUUUCAAUCAACAGACCCUUGCAGUGGAUUUUGACACUGGCGAUGCCGUUCCGGAACAACCACACGACGCUCACGCCGAAGAAAUUGAAUACCUGGAGGAAGCGUAUGGAAAUGUGGUUGCUACCGGCAACGAAAUCGAUCAUGUGCCCAACGAUGCACGCGGUAAUGCUCUUGUUGCACCUGUGGAAGAGAGUGAUGACAUUGAAGCAACAACUCCGCACAUCAUGCAAGAAGCCGAAACACGUCCGACACGAACGACAACACCCGCCAGAGGUCGAAAACUUGGUAGAGGUCAGCGGUACUCAGAUACUGGAGUACAAACAAUGGAAACCAAAAUUUUUAAUUGUCUUGAAUCCAUUCAGGCUGAUAAGAAAGAAUACAGGAAACGUAAACUGGAGCUGCACGAGAAAAAGCUGCUCAUUGAGGAGAAGAAGUUAGUGAUUAAACAUCAGAAGGUGGAGGCACUGUAUGCCAUCAACGAAACCUUACAAGUGUUAUUAAACCGUAAUUCAUAAACCUAUGCAUAACAUGUUUUGAUCUUGUUUUUUAUGUCAUCUUGUCAUUUUAUUUUAAUUUUAAUAAAUGAAUUUGUUUUUUAUAUGAAUAAAUCAAUGUUUAAUAGGGCAAUUAUUUAGCUCUUUUUUAGUGAAAUGUUUUCACUGUCAUAAGACGAGUUUAGUACAAUUCCAUUUAAUUCCACCACCUUCUUCCUUUUUCCUUCUUUC